AUGGCUUCUGUGUUUCGAAGCGAGGAGAUGUGCUUAUCCCAAGUAUUUCUCCAGGUGGAGGCUGCGUAUUGCUGUGUGGCUGAACUCGGAGAGCUUGGCUUGGUUCAGUUCAAAGAUCUGAACGCAAAUGUGAACAGCUUCCAGAGGAAGUUUGUGAACGAAGUCCGAAGGUGCGAGUCACUGGAGAGAAUCCUCCGUUUUCUGGAAGAUGAGAUGCAAAAUGAGAUUAUAAUCCAAGUGCCUGAGAAGGAUCCAGAGACCCCUCUCCCCCGGGAGAUGAUCACCCUGGAGACUACUCUAGAGAAGUUGGAAGGAGAGCUACAGGAAGCCAACCAGAAUCACCAGGCUUUGAAGAAGAGCUUCUUGGAACUGACAGAACUCAAAUACCUCCUAAAGAAAACCCAGGACUUUUUUGAGACAGAAACCAACUUAGGCGAAGAUUUCUUUGUUGAAGACACUUCAGGUCUCUUGGAGUUAAGAGCCCUACCUGCAUUCAUGACUGGAAAGCUGGGGUUCACGGCUGGUGUGAUAAACAGGGAGAGGAUGGCUUCCUUCGAGAGGCUGCUGUGGAGAGUUUGCCGGGGAAAUGUGUACUUGAAGUUCAGUGAGAUGGACACACUUCUGGAGGAUCCUGUGACGAAAGAAGAAAUUAAAAAGAAUAUAUUCAUCAUAUUUUACCAAGGAGAGCAGCUCAGGCUGAAAAUCAAGAAGAUCUGUGACGGGUUUCGUGCUACCAUCUACCCCUGUCCGGAGCAUGCAGCUGAGCGCAGAGAGAUGCUGGCCAGUGUCAACGUGAGGCUGGAAGACUUAAUCACUGUCAUUACCCAAACAGAGUCUCACCGACAGCGCCUACUGCAGGAAGCAGCUGCCAACUGGCACUCCUGGGUCAUCAAAGUCCAGAAGAUGAAGGCUGUCUACCACGUGCUAAACACAUGCAACAUUGACGUCACUCAGCAGUGCAUCAUCGCUGAGAUCUGGUUCCCAGUGGCAGACACUAGACACAUUAAGAAGGCCCUGGAGCAAGGCAUGGAACUCAGUGGCUCUUCCAUGGUCCCCAUCAUGACAGAAGUGGAAACUAAAACUGACCCUCCCACCUUCAAUAGGACCAAUAAAUUUACAGCUGGCUUCCAGAACAUUGUCGAUGCAUAUGGUGUAGGUAGUUACCGAGAGAUAAACCCAGCCCCCUACACUAUUGUCACCUUUCCGUUCCUGUUCGCUGUGAUGUUUGGAGACUGUGGUCAUGGGAUGGUGAUGCUGAUGGCGGCCCUGUGGAUGGUCCUAAAUGAGAGAAACUUGCUGGCUCAGAAGAGCACCAACGAGAUGUGGAGCAUCUUCUUCAAUGGGCGCUAUCUGAUCCUGCUUAUGGGCGUCUUCUCCAUCUACACCGGCUUGAUCUACAAUGACUGUUUCUCCAAAUCUUUUAACAUCUUUGGCUCCUCUUGGAGUGUCCAGCCUAUGUUCAGAAAUGGCACGUGGAAUGCUCAUGUCAUGGAAAAUAAUCAAUAUUUGCAGCUGGACCCGGCCAUCCCAGGAGUGUAUUCUGGAAAUCCCUACCCAUUUGGAAUUGAUCCGAUUUGGAACCUGGCUUCAAACAAACUCACAUUUUUAAACUCCUAUAAAAUGAAGAUGUCAGUCAUUCUGGGAAUCGUUCAUAUGAUUUUUGGUGUUAUUCUCAGCGUCUUCAAUCACAUCUACUUCAGAAAAACCUUCAACAUCAUUCUGCAGUUCAUCCCCGAGAUGAUUUUUAUGCUGAGCCUGUUUGGAUACCUGGUUUUCAUGAUCAUUUUCAAGUGGUGUCGAUAUGAUGCCCACACCUCCCGGAAGGCACCCAGCAUCCUCAUCCACUUCAUCGGCAUGUUUCUGUUCGACUACGAUGACUCCUCCAAUGCACCCCUGUACGGCCAUCAGCAAGAAGUCCAGACUUUCUUUGUCAUUGUAGCGCUGGUGUCUGUGCCGUGGAUGCUUUUGAUUAAGCCAUUUGUUCUUAGGGCCAAGCACCAGAAAUCUCAGCUGCAGUCUUUCACGAUCCAUGAAGAUGCCAUGGAGGGUGACCACUCUGGUCCCUCUGCUAAGAAGACUGCAGGUGCCCAUGGGCUGAAGGACGGCCACGAGGAGGAGUUCAACUUUGGAGACAUCUUUGUCCACCAAGCCAUCCACACCAUUGAGUACUGCCUGGGCUGCAUCUCCAAUACGGCCUCGUACCUGCGGCUCUGGGCCCUCAGCUUGGCUCACGCAGAGCUGUCCGAGGUACUCUGGACCAUGGUGAUGAGCAUCGGCCUACGCAUUCGAGGCUGGGGAGGGCUCAUUGGCGUCUUCAUCAUUUUUGCCGUCUUUGCCGUCCUCACAGUGGCCAUCCUCCUCAUCAUGGAGGGUCUCUCAGCCUUUCUGCAUGCCCUCCGGCUGCAUUGGGUGGAAUUCCAGAACAAGUUCUAUGAGGGAGCCGGCUCCAAGUUCUCCCCCUUCUCCUUCAAGCACAUCCUGGAAGGGACGGCUGAAGAAUAG